AUGUCUCCCAGGCAAAAUUCAGAUGUUUUUGCAGUAUUUGUUCUUGAUAUUUCCAGGCUAUUUCUGAGCUACCCUCAGACCAAGACAUACUUCAGCCACUUUGACUUGGGUUCCGGAUCUCAUGAUCUUCAAGUUCAUGGAGGAAAGGUCCUUGGUGCCAUUGGAGAGGCCACCAAACAUUUGGACAACCUGGAUGAAGCUCUGUCCAAGCUGAGUGACCUGCAUGCUUAUAACCUGAGAGUAGAUCCAGGAAAUUUUAGGUUGCUGUCUCACACUAUCCAAGUUACUCUGGCUGCCCACUUCCAGGCUGAUUUUGAUGCAACAGCCCAGGCUGCUUGGGACAAGUUUCUUGCCGCUAUCUCUACUGUUCUUACCUCCAAGUACAGAUAAAUUCAGACUGGUCCCUGCAAAUGCAGCAAAAAUGAAACGCCACUAACAGAUUAAUAAAGUUUAUAAAAUACAUUUAAA